AUCAGUGAUUAAUGACCAAAAAAUGACAUUAACUGUUGUAAAUAAAUGGAUAAUUAAUAAACAAAUACCCAUCUAUUGCAUCCAAAUAGAAAGGUAAAUGGAACAUAUUUUGCCAUCGAAUGUGAAAAUUUUAAAAAUAUGGCAAAUUACAUUAUAAAUUGUAAAUACUGAGGAAAGCAAAUAAUAUCAAUAAAAAUCAAUCAAAACCGUUGUGCUAAAAAUGGGUUGUGAGCUGGUUGAGUAUCCUCGCUUUGUGGGUAAACUUGAAGAGGCAAAUGUAAAGCAUUUGAAAUUGAUUGAAGACUAAAUAAAAAUGAAAGGAUAAUUGUAAGAAGGAAGAGAAAGAGAUUUCGCUUUUUUUAUCGAGAUCACAAUGAUGAUAAGUUUGAAGAUGAAAGAAAAAAGUUGAAACACUUGUGAUCCUGACUGAUAUAGUUGUACCAACUUGAUCACCAUUUGAAGAGCUACAGUUUUUGUUUUCACGGUUUUAGUUUCACUUUUCAUCUCAAAUUGUUAACAAACAUACGUAAAUACAUUUUGUUUAUCCGUUGAAGGUCAGUAAAAUUGUCGUCAACGUUUACAGCGUUUUAUGUAAUAAGGAAAUCCAUUGUAUUGUCAAGUGAACAAUUGAACAAAAGUGUUGAAGAGCUGAAACUGCAAAUGAUAAAGGCUUGUCCAACAAGUGUUUAAAAGCACCAAAAAGGUCCGACUGUAAAUAUUGUGAUUUUGCGUCAGUUUUUGUGACUCGUCAUCAGCUUAUAAACAAUUUAAACAGUUGUUUGGAGUGAAAUCAUGAAAAUAAGUGUUUACUGUAAUUAGAAGGAUUUUUUGUUCGGUGAAAAGGAAGCGAAAUGGAGUUUGAAGAUAUUCUGGUUAAAGUGGGUGAAUAUGGACGUUACCAGCAAUUUUUUGUCUACUUUUUUCUGGUUCCAGCAGCCUUCAUCACUCCCUGGUUAAGCAUGACCACAAUAUUUAUGGUCUCGAGUCCAAACCAUGUGUGCACUCAUUAUGUUGAUUCACGUAAUUACACCGAUAUUCAGCUUGAUUCACUGUUUGCUUCAUCCAACUUUACCGACAAUGAUAAAUGUUUCACUUCGGUAAACACUUCAGCUACCUCGUUAACCAAUAAAUGUGACAAAUGGAUAUUUGAUAAAACCAAUUACCAUGAAACUUUUGUUACUCAUAAUAGUUUAGUCUGUGAUAAUGAUCAUUUGGUGGGAACGGCAUUGGCAGUGAUCAGUUUGGGUCAGCUUGUUGGUACACCGACUUUGGGUUACGUUGCUGAUCGAUUUGGUAGGAAAAUUGCUUACAUGAUUGGAAUCACUUUAAGUUUCAUAUCAACUUUAUCACCAACCCUGCUUAAAGGUGUACUGCCAUUCAUUUUAUUACGAUUUGUUCAUGGUUUGGCAACCAAUGCUUGUUACCAAAUGCCUUUAGUUCUUGCAAUUGAAAUCAUGGGACCGCAAGGACGAACCAAAAUGUCACUUAUAUCGAGCAUUUCAUUUGCUUGUGGAUUAGCAACUCUUCCCUUGGCUGCUUAUUUAACUGCUCAUUGGUAUUACAUGAGUCUAAUUUCAACUGUUGUUGUUUCAUUUGCACUGGUAAUGUCAAGAUUAAUUCCCGAAUCACCAAGAUGGCUCAUUUCAGUUCAGCGAUAUGGUAAAGCUUAUAGCAUAUUAUCAAAGGUUGCAAAAACAAAUGGAAUCCAAGUUGAUGAACGAUUAAUCCUCGAUAUAAGGGAAGUUGGACGAAAGUUUGAGUCUAAUAGUAAAACCGAAACUAAUGAAGUAAAGGUUUUGUGCAGCCAAUUUUUCAACCGUUCAAUCCUCUUCAUUUUGGCACUCAAUGCACUCUCACUGUUGGCCUCGGAAGUUGCCUACACUGGACUUCAUUACAAUAUACGAAAUUUCAAGGGAAACGAGUUUCUCAACUAUUUCUUGUUGGUUUCAGUUGAACCGAUUGCCUCUAUUAUUGGAUGUCUGUUGAUGGACAGUCGCUUAGGGCGAAGGUGGACAUUAUCUUUAUGCCUUGCCUGGGCAGGAAUCAGUUUAACCAUUUGCUCAAUGAUUGAUCCAAGUGAUUUGGUUAGAGUCGCUCUUUUCUCAAUGAUGGGUAAAAUGGGUGCAACCAUUGGUUACAUAGUUUCAAGUCUUCAUGGUUCGGAAAUGUUGCCCACUGUGAUACGUAACCAAGGACUUUCAGUUUCGUAUUUCGUUCUCUCGGCUGGAUCCAUAUUCAUACCAUACAUUAUUCAUCUGGGCAAAUAUGGAAGCAACAUUCCUCUAAUUUGCAUGGGAAUCAUUGACUUGACUGCUGCUGCUUUUAGUACUCUUCUGCCUGAAACUCAGAAUCGCGUUUUACCUCAAACUGUGGAAGAAUCUGAAAAGCUGGUCCAAAGUCGAAAAUAUUGGUCUCUCGCUCCAAAGAGUCCACCAAGGAAAGUUCACGUUGAACAAGGAGAAACUGUUGGAAUCAUUUGAAUGUCCGAUCAAAGGAUUAUCAUAUUGAUGAAUCAUGUACGAAUUAAAAGGCCUCCAAAUAUGUCAAUUUGAUUCAACAUUUUCCAAUGUUUCAAUUCAUAUUUGUAUUGAAUUGAAUUGAUUUUUAUAAUUGAAGUUAAAAUUUGCAUUUCGCUCGCUUUGUAAGAUCAAAAUAAAAUCCAAGUUUUCUAUCAAUCCAAAUAAAAAAUGAUUGAUUAACGGUUGAAAGCAAUAA